CAAUCCUAAACGACAUCGCAGAGUUCGCCGUCUUCGUUGAACCUUCAACGCUCAACAAUUCAUCUGGGGUGGUCCUGUAGCGUUCAUGCUUGUUCUUCUUCCGCCAAAUGGCCCAAAUUCAAUCCCAUCAAAUAAUAGAAAAGUAGUAUUUGGCGUUUAAUUCUAUACUGAUGCUAAAUCGGAGCCCCCAUUUGGACCCUCGGAUUCCUACCAAUCCGGCACGAUGUCAACCGGGCCCUGUUGCCAGUCUUUCUCCCUUCACCACCCCCCUCUCCUUUAUAGGGUUCGCGUUAAGGCUUUACAGCCUCCAAGGCCAACCGAUGUCUCUCUCCAUCGAAGCCUACGCUUCAUUGGCUCUCUCUCUUGCUAUCCAACAACUAAAAGCAGACUUUCGUGUUUUAGGCAUGAAGAAUCUUCAUCUGCAAUACCCGAGUCCGAGCUUGUAGAAGAUAAAUUAUCAGAACUUGUGAAGCCUGAACUCAAUCAAAAAGAUUAUCUGAGGAAAGAUUGGCUUUGGAGACUUAAAAAGGUUAUAGCUGCACUUUUUGAUGCAGAACCUUGGAUAGUGCCAUGGACGGCAAAGACCAUAGUUCAGGUUAUGCUUCUCUGGAUUGCCUCAUUCUGGUUUGUAGGAUCUUGGAUAGUUCCAAUUGUAGCCCACAUAGCAGGGUUUAGAAAGGAAUCCUUGACAUACAGAGGGCAGGCCCUUUAUAGCCUCUUGACCGAUCUGGCUGAAGGUCUUGCUGGGAUAGCAAUGCUACGUCGCUGCCUCUCAAGGUUUCAUCCCCUUCCAUCCGACUGGUUCAAGUUUAGCCUUGAAGGAAAGUGGCAAUUUGAUGUUGGUUUGGGCUGCCUUAUGUUUCCCCUUAUCAACCGACUCUCCCAGAUCAACCUAAAUUUGUUGCCUGUUCUUCCCCCUACACCUGUUGCCAUCUCUAGUGUUGAGCAAUCCAUUUUAUCUCGAGACCCGGUGGCAAUGGUCCUUUAUGCAGUGGUAGUUUCAGUUUGUGCCCCCAUCUGGGAAGAAAUUGUUUUCCGCGGGUUUCUUCUUCCUUCCUUGUCCAAGUACAUGCCCAUAUGGUGCUCAAUUUUAGUGAGUUCAAUAGCUUUUGCCUUGGCACAUUUUAAUAUACAAAGGAUGCUGCCACUUGUGUUUCUUGGGGUGGUAAUUGGUGCUGUCUUUGCACGGUCAAGGAACCUGUUACCAUCGAUGUUGUUGCAUAGUUUGUGGAAUGCUUUUGUGUUUUUAGAUCUCAUGAAGUAAAAUUAUUCUGUACUUUAUUUGUCU